AUACAGAUGUCCAUCACGGUAGUUUCGAUUAGGGACAGAAACACAGCCGCAGUCCUGCUACUGUCAGCGGCACUGCAUUGUUGUUGAAUCGUGUAGUUUAAGGUUAACCAUAGGAUUGUUUUUACUCUGGCUGCGAUGAAAUAUCACUACAGAUGAACAUGAAGAUCGACUCAGGGUGUGGCCUGUAAAUUGGAAAAUGUUUGUUAACUUUUCAUACCAACUCUCGAAAUCAUUGCACAGAUUACGGGCAGUUGUGUAGUGUUUAAUAAUAAGUGAUAAUCUGUUUCCGCGACGUUUUAAAUUCUGGACUAAAUCAUUAAAUCCACCUGAGGAUCUACAGUCUAGAGGAAAAAGAAGGGACAAACAGCCAGAACAGCACCACCAUGGAAACUGAAGACAACAGAUCUACUCAGCUCAGUAAGGACACUACAGUGGCUUGUGCUUCUGUGAAGGGCUUGAAGAAGAACUGGCAGAAGUGGUCCAGUGACCACCAGGAGUAUCAGAAGCACAACCCCUUCAGUCAUGACACCAGAGGAAAUGUGGAGGUCCCCCAGAAAGGGAUCGGGGAGUAUGGGAGACCCCUGCAGGGCUCCAUGACAGAGCAACGAGGCAAGGAUGCUCACACACACAUCAGCAGAGAGGUUCAGGAGUUGUGUGAUGUGAUAAAGACCAUUGGAGAGCUGAGAGAGGAAGAUGAAGUUGGACACAACAGCAGAGGAAAAGUGAUCACUGUACAGUUUGGGAAGCUCUUUAACCAUUAUGUGACUGUCUCAAAUAAACUGGUGGGGAUUCUUCUGCGAGCGAGGAAGCAGAGGCUGGUUGAGUUUGACGGGGAAAUGCUGUGGCAAGGGAAGGAUGACCUUGUAGUUAUCAGCCUGUUGCUGUGACCAGAAUCAUAUGUAUUUUACAUGUGCACUUCAUGACACAUUCACCAUCACAACAGUUACGCUAAACUAAAAUGUGAACAAAGUUCAUUUUGCAAAUUAGGUACUUCAAAAAUAAAAAAAUUGGCUCAGUUAACUCAACUACAACUGGUGUGAACAGUGACAUGUGACUCAUAUAUAUGAGAUAUAAUAUAUGAUGUAAGCAGGUUAAGUUAGUGGUUAAUAACACUCAAGCAUAGUCAAACAUGAUCAGAAACCAUAUAGAGAAGAGCCAAUAUAUUAUUUAUUUGAAAUCUCUAUUUUUGUGCAUUUAAAUGCAUA